AUGAAGCAUAUUGUUACAACCGAUGAAGCUGAAAAGCUAAGUCAUAUAUAUUACCAACCAGAACAUCUCUGGAUUGGACGAAAAGCCAUCAAAUUACUCGCUGAAAAAUCUGGUCUUUCCAAAAAGAAAGUCAUACAUUGGCUAUCUCGUCAAAUCCUGUGGCUCAGGCAUAUUCGAGGUCCGAAAAAGAUCAAUUAUCCUCAUUUCACCAUUACAAAGCCGAACGAAAUGCAUCAAUUCGAUCUCUUGUACAUGCCCCAUGAUAACGUUUAUGGCAAUACGUACAAAUAUAUUUUGACAGGUAUUGACGUCGCCUCGAGGUAUAAGGUGGCAAGACCCCUGAGAACGAAAAAGGGUAGUAAAGUUGCCGACAUGCUCCGCGAUAUUUACAAAGCCGAACCUCUCCGAUAUCCGAGUAUCUUCCAAUGUGAUAAUGGUAGUGAGUUUAAAUCGGACGUGACAAAGUUGUUGGAAAGCAAAGGUGUUGAGAUCAAGCGUGCUACUACUAAGUAUCACCAUACUUUCACGGCUUUUGUUGAAAGCUACAACAAGGUACUUGCCGAGAGACUCUUUAAACACCAAGAUGCUCAGAAGCUUGCAUCUGAUGAAACUAGUACCACAUGGGUCAAGCACUUGUACAAUAUCGUGAAAAGCAUGAACAAUAGUAAGACGGCUAUGAUAGAUAUAAAACCUUCAAAGGCCAUUAAACUCGAUGAAGUACCGCUUGCGAAAAGCGAGGAAUAUCCUGAGGAAAAGCCUCUACCCGACAAUGGAGCCGGGAGAAGGACACGGUGA